AUGAGAGUUUUAAUCGUUCUUUCUGCCUUAACCGGCUUGAGUCAGGCUCUUGUCGUCGCCCCACGACAAGCUGUCAGUCCUUCAGAAGUUGCUGUCACAUCGACCACCCUCAGUACAGUCACAAACACCAUUACCACUGCCUAUCCGGUUAUCACUACAGCGACGACCUGUAAUGUAGAUAGUGUAAUCCCAAAAGGCACUUGCUCGGCCGGCGCAGUUUGGUCCUUGACCGGAGGCAAUUAUUAUUCUCAGCAAUGCGGCGCAUCACUCGUUGGUGGAACCGUCAUUCGUGCCUAUGUCGAACCUGUUGGGGCUGCGGCCACUUCAAUCUGUGUAUCCAUCUGCAAUGCUCUCAACAAUCUGAAAACAUCUGCCAGUUCAUGUAACGGAAUUGUUAUUACCACUAUUGGUGCCCUCAAUCAAUGUUUCUUGAAUAAUGGACCAGUUACUCAAGCACCAGCUGCUUCAAGCGUUUUCAACAUUGUGCAAUAUACAUCCAAUCCUUGUGUUGUCACGAGCACUGCGUUACAAACAGACAUUUCUUACGAGACAGUUACGUCUACGAUUGAAGUCGUUUAUACUUCGACUGUAACUCCAUCUGCUGCUGCCAGUACUUCAGUCGUCACUAUUCCUUCAUCGGAAAUAACCAUCAGUACGAGUACUUCUGAGAUUCCUUCAGCUGCUGCCAGUACCUCAGUUGUGAUCGUUCCUUCGGCGGAUACAACCACCAGUACCAGUACUUCAGAAAUUCCAUCUGCAGCCGCAACCACCAGUACUUCUGAGAUUCCUUCAACCGCUGCCAGUACUUCCGUCGUCAUCAUUUCCUCGACCGACGCGACCGUCAGUACUUCCGAAAUCCCCUCCGCAGCGACCACAACUUUAAUCCCCACCAUCUCCUCAUCCAAUACAACCAAUACAACCACCAGUACUUCCGAAAUCCUCUCCACACCAACCACAACCUUAAUCCCCACCCUCUCUCCAACCAACACAACCAUAAUUACUUCCCAAACCUCCUCCGCAGCCCCAACGAUAGUCUACACCAACUCCUCCAUCUCUAUCUCCACAAUUACUUCUCAAACCCUCUCCUCCGCAGUCCCAACCUUGAUAUUCACCAACUCCUCCAUCCCCAUCUCCACAACCACUACUUCCGCCGCCGCCGCAUCUUCUAGUACUGCUGGCGAUGACGAUAACGACGAUGAUGACGAUGAUGAUGUCUGUUAUUACAACGACGAGGAAGAUGAGGAAGAGGAUGAUUAUUAG